CUAGCCUAUUCUUUUGUCUUCCACAGAAUUAGUCCCAGAUCUCCAUGUUUGCAUGACCUGUCACCUGACCAGCGGAAGACUACCGAUUAUUGCAACAAAAUGAUGGUGAAAUGGGUGUUGAUGCUAAAUGACGUAACAUUUAUGGCUUGAAAGAAGAUGCCAAUGACUCGUGCAAUGAACACCAUUUUUCCAUUUGCCAUUCGGGAGGUAUUCUAAUGGACCUAGAAUCCAAGGCUGUGUAGGUGUGGAUUUGUCUUUGACAUAAUGGGUUGUGGAGGCUCCAGGACAGAUGUGUUGGAGCCAAGAUAUAUGGAGAGCUGGACCAAAGAGACAGAGUCCACUUGGCUGGCAAGCACAGACACAGACAUCCCCCUGUCCUCCAUCCAGAGCAUCCCCUCAGAAAACUCUUCAGAGGCAAGCUUCCCAUCAGAGAAAACUGCCAACCUUGAUCUCUUUGAUGAUGGUCUGCCUGCUCCGGGUCAGGCAUAUGUGAAAGUGUGUUCUGCCAUGUCUGAGGUGGGACUGAAUGACAUGAAAACUGGCACCACCCCUGUAAUACUCUCUUCUCAAGAGCAGGAAGUGCUGUCUUCUUCUGCGACCACAGUACAGAAGAGAAGUGUGUUGCGAACUGAGGAAAUUACAAAAUGGCAGGACAACAGGAUGUCCACCAAGCAAGUGACCAUCACUGUGACUCAAAGUAUACGGCAAGUGGACAAGAGCGGGAAGAUCAAGGAGACAUCGCAAACCACCUAUGAGGUCAUGAAACCGGUGGAUUGUCUGAAGGCAGUUGACUCAGUGCCUCAAUGAGGUGGAUACGCAAGACCUCGUGAAGAUUGUAUCUUGGAUUUCUUGAGAGCUUUGGUGAAGAUGUCAUGGACCAAAGAAGUAAAAAGCAGGGAUGACCUAAAUGAACAAGUUCAUCUGUGCUUAAUCAGUGAUUACCAGGUUUCAUUCAAGGGUCAUUUGAUUGUUUGUUUCAUCAUUCAGUCACAUUCUUCUUUAAUAAUGUUUAUUUUUAUGUACAAUUUUCCCUUGUAACGUCUAUGUCAUAAUGAUCUCUCUUUUUUUUU